GCCAUUAUCGUCGCCCUCCGUCAGUACCAACGAGGAAUAAUAAAAUUAAUUUUCUUUCUUAAUAGAAAAAUAGAAGAAGUAAAUCGAAAUCUUCAUCGUUAGGCAGGAGCGGUGAAGUUUUAUUAGGUCUUUCAGAAAUGGAUUUGCCAUUCGUCUCCCCAGUGUAUCCUUCAACUAAAAAGGGAGCCUUAAAUGGAUAUAACCGCUUUUGCACAGUGCGUAGAGAAGAGUCUUAUCGGAAAGUAUUUCGAUGUUUAGCAACUGUUGUGAGCCAAACAACUCAGACAGAUAACAACGGGUUGGAAACCAAAAAGAACGAUCUUCUGGUCGCCGUUCAAGAAACUCAACGGGGCCUUGUCUCAUCACCCGAUCAGCGUUCUGUCAUAGAGGAGGCUCUGGUCAAUGUAGAGGCAUAUAACAUGGGUCUCCCUAUUGACCUGGUGAAGUUGGAUGGCACAUGGCGACUACAGUAUACUUCCGCUCCUGAUGUUCUUAUUCUUCUAGAAGCUGCAUCCAGGCUUCCUUUCUUUCAGGUUGGGCAAAUCUUCCAGAAAUUUGAAUGUUGUGACAGUUCUAAUGAAGGAAUUGUUCGAAAUGUCGUUCGCUGGAGCAUCCCAUCACUGUUAGAGGAACAGGAAGGAGCAACUCUGAUUGUUUCUGCAAAAUUUUCUGUUGUUUCUAUACGUAAUAUCUACCUUGAAUUUGAGGAGAUCAGUGUCCAGAAUUUAAAAAUUAGCGAAGAGUUGCAGGCUUUAAUUGCUCCAGCAAUACUACCUCGCUCAUUUAUAAGUCUUCAGAUCUUGCAAUUUCUUCGUGGUUUUCAAGCUGCGAUUCCAGUGAGAGAUUCAGGGAGAAGCAGAAGGCGUGGAGUUGGAGGACUGUAUUACCUCUCAUAUUUGGACGGAAAUAUGCUUUUGGGUCGUUCAGUGGGUGGUGGCGGAGUUUUUGUGUUUACCAGAGCUCAGCCUCUCCAAUGCUAACAGCUCCAACUCGGAAGGUGUGGAGGAAAUGUAAUAUAAGUAUAGUUCAACGAUGAUGUCUCUGACCAGUUCAAAUCCCUCAUCCCCACUUCUCGUACUCUAACAGAAAAAGAAAACUUUUAUAUAUAUAUAUAUAUAUAUAUAUGAAAUUGGAGUAUAAGACAGAGAGUUGGAGGACCAUAUUUCCAAAUCUCUAGUUUCAUUUAUUUGACACGAGCUUAACUUGUAUAGUAAUGAAAUAUACUUUGUCUGAUAAA